AACCUGGUAACCUGGUUACCUGAGUACCUGGUACUCCAACCUGGUAAUCAUCCUGCUCAUGACUACAGGGUGUCUGGGUCAGGACAACGGGAGUGUGACUUACACCCCCAGGAGAGUCUGCUCCUUAGAGGGCUCUUCUGUGACCAUGCCCUGCUCUUACACAUUUCCCAAGGGUCACAAAGUCACAACAGCUUUCUGGUUCAAAGGUCAAGUGCCUGGUGCUGAGUCUCUGGAUCUGAAUUUGAACCCUGAGUACAAAGGCCGUGUGGAGUAUCUAGGGGACAGUAACCAACUCUGUACACUGAGAAUCACAGACCUGAGAGAGAGCGAUUCAGGAACCUACAGCUUCCUGUUUGGGACUGACGUCAAUCCUGGGGGGUGGAUGGGGAAUCCAGGAGUCAGGUUAAAUGUCACAGGGCUCCAUGUUGAUUUGACCCCUGACCUAGCUUUGGACGGCGAGUGGGCAGACCUUACCUGUGGCUCCUGCUUCUUGAGUGAAAAUCCCACCUACACCUGGUACAGGGACAAACAGCCUUUGAACUACACCAACAAGGUCAGGGUUAUGGCCAACUACCUGGAACUAGACCCGGUAAGCAGGGAAGAUGCAGGCAGCUACUCCUGUGCGGUGAGCAGCAGAGAGGAUUCCCCUGGUCCGGCAGUGGUCCUUGUAGUGGGAUACUUCCCAAAGAACACCUCAGUGUCAGUCACAGUCAGUCCCUCUGGUGAAAUAGUGGAGGGCAGAUCAGUGACUCUGACCUGCAACAGGGAUGCCAAGUCCCCAGUGGACAAAUACACCUGGUACAAGAAGAAUGAAGAACGGACGGGGUUCUCAGAAAAAGGAUCAGGGCAGAGUUACAUCAUCCUUAAAAUGAGCAAUGAGGACAGUGGGCAGUACUUCUGUAAGGCUGAGAAUCAAUACGGACCACUUGACUCUGCAACUGUGCAUCUCAGUAUAGCAGGUAAACCAGUGUUUCCCUGGGCUCCCGUUGUGGGGGUGGUGGCUGUGUUGGCAGCUGGAGCUCUGCUCGUCAUCCUCUAUGGCACACUGAAGAAGAG